GCCUAAAUGAGGCUAGCCUAGUUAAGCCUGAUCUUUUUCUGUUUGUGAAAAGAGCUGAGCAGAGCUGAAGGCUGCAUGGUGGUUUCAGAAACUGCCUACUUAAUUUGAAAAGAACAAUGGUAGGAAAGGCUAGAUCUUCCAAUUUUACCUUAUCUGAAAAGCUUGAUUUGCUAAAGCUUGUGAAGCCAUAUGUUAAAAUUCUCGAAGAACACACUAAUAAACAUUCAGUAAUAGUGGAAAAGAAUAGAUGUUGGGAUAUCAUAGCAGUAAACUAUAAUGCAAUUGGAGUAGAUCGCCCUCCUCGAACAGCCCAGGGCCUACGCACCCUUUACAAAAGGCUCAAAGAAUAUGCCAAACAGGAGCUAUUGCAGCAAAAAGAGACCCAAUCAGAUUUUAAAAGCAAUAUUUCUGAGCCAACCAAGAAAGUUAUGGAGAUGAUUCCCCAGAUUUCCAGUUUUUGCCUGGUAAGAGACAGGAACCACAUUCAAAGUGCAAACUUGGAUGAGGAAGCACAGGCUGGUACGAGUUCACUACAGGUAAUGUUGGAUCACCAUCCAGUUGCUAUUACAGUGGAGGUGAAGCAAGAAGAAGACAUUAAGCCCCCUCCUCCACUGGUUUUAAAUUCUCAACAGAGUGAUAUUUUAGAGCAAAGAGAAGACCAUGAAUUAGUACAUGUUAUGGAAAGAUCUUUGUCGCCGUCACUUUCCUCUGUUGACAUGAGAAUGACCUCGUCUCCAUCUUCUAUCCCAAGGAGAGAUGAUUUUUUUCGGCACGAGCGUGGAGAACACUUUAGGUCACAGUUAGGGUAUGACCCUCAGAUUCUGCAAAUGCUGAAAGAAGAGCAUCAGAUAAUUUUAGAAAAUCAAAAAAAUUUUGGAUUGUACGUUCAGGAGAAGAGGGAUGGAUUGAAAAGAAGGCAGCAGCUAGAGGAAGAGCUGCUAAGAGCAAAAAUUGAAGUGGAGAAGUUGAAAGCAGUUCGCUUACGGCAUGAUCUGCCUGAAUUUCACUCAGCCCCUAAAGAAAUUACCGUGCCUAAGAGACAAGAAGAGGAAGAACCUGAUAGCCUAGUUAAAUAUUUCAGUGUUGUUUGGUGUAAGGCUUCAAAGAAAAAACACAAAAAGUGGGAAGGUGAUGCUGUUCUCAUUGUAAAAGGAAAGUCAUUUACAUUAAAGGAUUUGGAAGGCAAAGACAUUGGAAGAGGCCUUGCAUAUAAAUUCAAAGAGCUUGAAAAGAUUGAAGAGGGCCACAGAAUGAUGAUUGGUGGAAAAGAAGUAGAAGUCAUGGGCAUAAUCUCUCCAGAUGAUUUCAACAGUGGCAGAUGUUUUCAACUUGGAGGAGGAAGCCUUGCUAUCUCAAGUUCUUCUCAGGCUGCCAAGAAGUGUUUCUCUAACCCCUUCAAAAGUGUUUGUAAACCAAGUUCAAAGGAAAAUAGACCAAACGGUUUCCAAGAUUGUAAACCACGUCAUGACCCACAUGCACAAAAUUCUCUUGUAAUGUCACGACCAGACAAUAAUCACCAGUGGAUGUUCAAUAAGAACUGUUCUCCUAUUGUGGAUGUAGUGAUAGAUCCUUACCUUGUAUAUCAUCUUCGACCACAUCAAAAAGAAGGGAUCCUAUUCCUAUAUGAAUGUGUAAUGGGAAUGAGAGUGAAUGGCAGAUGUGGAGCUAUUCUUGCUGAUGAAAUGGGUUUAGGGAAAACAUUGCAAUGUAUUUCACUCAUCUGGACUCUACAGUGUCAGGGACCGUAUGGAGGCAAGCCAGUAAUAAAGAAGACACUUAUUGUCACACCUGGGAGCUUGGUGAAUAAUUGGAGGAAAGAAUUUCAAAAAUGGCUAGGAAGUGAAAGGAUCAAGAUAUUUCCUGUUGAUCAGGACCACAAAGUAGAAGAAUUCAUCAAAUCUCCAUUUUAUUCUGUUCUUAUCAUCAGUUAUGAAAUGUUACUUCGUUCCUUGGAUCAAAUUAAGAAUGUUAAAUUUGAUCUUCUAAUCUGUGAUGAAGGGCAUCGUUUGAAGAAUAGUGCCAUUAAGACAACUACAGCCCUCAUUAGCCUUUCUUGUGAGAAAAGAAUAAUUCUAACUGGUACUCCAGUUCAGAAUGAUCUUCAAGAAUUUUUUGCAUUAAUUGAUUUUGUAAAUCCAGGAAUAUUAGGCUCUUUGUCAUCUUAUAGAAAAAUAUAUGAAGAACCCAUCAUUUUAUCGAGACAACCUUCUGCUUCUGAGGAAGAAAAGGAGUUAGGAGAGAAAAGAGCAGCUGAACUUACUUGCCUCACUGGACUCUUUAUCCUUAGAAGAACCCAAGAAGUCAUAAAUAAGUAUCUUCCACCUAAAAUAGAGAAUGUAGUCUUUUGCCGACCAGGAGCACUACAGAUUGAGCUUUAUCGAAAGCUGUUGAAUUCUCAGGCUGUCAGAUUCUGCCUUCAAGGGUUGUUAGGAAAUAGUCCUCAUCUAAUAUGUAUAGGAGCUCUUAAAAAGCUGUGCAAUCACCCCUGCCUUUUGUUCAACUCUAUAAAGGGAAAAGAAUGUAGCUCAACGUGGGAUGAAAAUGAAGAAAGGAGUCUAUAUGAAGGCUUGGUAAAUGUGUUCCCUGCUGAUUACAACCCUCUCAUGUUUACUGAGGAAGAGUCAGGAAAACUCCAAGUGCUGUUGAAGCUCUUAGCCGUUAUCCGUGAACUUCGUCCCACUGAAAAGGUGGUGUUGGUGUCCAACUACACACAAACCUUGAAUAUUCUACAAGAAGUAUGCAGGCGUCAUGGAUAUGCUUUUACAAGACUUGAUGGACAAACACCAGUCUCUCAAAGACAGCAAAUUGUUGAUGGCUUUAAUAGUAAAUACUCUUCUGAUUUUAUUUUUUUGUUAAGUUCAAAAGCUGGUGGUGUGGGACUUAACCUUAUUGGAGGAUCUCACUUAAUUCUGUAUGAUAUUGAUUGGAAUCCAGCCACUGAUAUCCAGGCAAUGUCUAGAGUAUGGAGAGAUGGUCAGAAACAUCCUGUACAUAUUUACAGACUCCUAACCACAGGUACAAUAGAAGAAAAGAUUUAUCAGAGACAAAUCAGUAAGCAAGAUCUUUCAGGGGCAGUUGUAGACCUAACCAAGACCUCUGAACAUAUCCAGUUCUCAGUAGAGGAGCUUAAAAAUUUGUUUACAUUACAUGAAAGUUCACAUUGUGUUACCCAUGACCUGCUUGACUGUGACUGUACAGGAGACAAAGAUAAUACAGAGAGAGAGAGAAUGCAAGAGGGGGAGGGACAGAGAGAGAAGGAGAUACAGAAUCUGAAGCAAGCUCCAAGGCUCUCAGCUGUCAGCACAGAGCCCAGUUCGGGGCUGGAACCGACGAACCGUGACAUGAGCCGAAGUCAGAUGCUUAGCUGACUGAGCCGCCCAGCCACCCCUGGUGAGUUUUGGUAUAUGUAUAUAACCAUGAAACCAUUACCACAAUAAAAAUAAUGAACAUAUUUAUCCCUCCCCAAAGUUUCCUUGUGUUCCUUGGUAAUCCUUCCUUCCCUACCCUCUGCCCAUCCCAACUCCCCCUCUUCAGGCAACCACUGAUCUGAUCUACCUUCUGUCAUGGUAAACUAGUUUGCAUUUUCUAGAACUUUAUGUUAAUGAAAGCAUGAAAGUAUUUACCUUUUUUUUGGUCUGGAUUCUUUCACUCAGCAUAAUUAAGAUUUGUCUGUGUUGUUGCAUAUACUAAUCAUUCAUUCCUUCUUAAGACUGGGUAUGUAUAUGUAACCACAAUUUGUUUAUACAUUCAUCUGUUGAUAGGCAUUGGAGGAUUGUUUCCAGUUUGGGGCUCUUACAAAUAAACCUGCUACAAACAUU